UCACAUCCUUAGAGUCACUUCAUUUGAAAGGCUGCAAAAGGCUUGAGUAUCUUCCUUGGCUUCCCUCUUCUCUACUCUCACUUGAUGCUUCUGGAUGCACCAAUUUGAGAACAAUGUCAAAUAUUUCAGACUUGAAAACUCUAGAGAAGUUGAAUUUGGGUGGUUGUAAGUUGCUUGAAGAUGUGCCUGGCCUCGAAAAUGUUUCAAGGAACUUGGAAGUGCUAGAACUGCCUGGUCCUUGUGAUUUCAUGGGGUGUUGCCACUUUAGUCGUGAUUUCAAAAACAAAGUGUUCAAGGAGAUGACUUUUGAGAGCUUGAAAAAGUUCAAGAUGUCAGGGUCUUUGGUGCCAGGGGUAGCAAAAGGACGACAACAGCUGAAAUUUAUGACCCCAUCAUUGCCAUUUACUUGGUUGAGAAGAGCACAACUGAAGCUGGGCUUAAACAAGGUCCUCUCACCCGUCUACAUAGUGAUCAUGGACGACGACAUUAUUGUGUUUGAGAAAAUUACAGAAGUCAAGGGUAAGUCGAAUUGAACUUGAGAGUAGAGAGCAUCGUGAAUGCAAGGGAGGGAGUGCAUUGCUAUACAAUACAGGUGACAACGGAUGUGUCCCAACUGCAAGAUGUCUUUGUAGUUCUUGCAUGGAGGAGUCGACGGUACUAGCUAACAGAGGAGCCAUCGAGAUGGACGGUGUUUGUAUCUGGAAGAUGCCAACUCUUCCCAAGGGAAACUGAUCUGAUGGAGUACUCGGCAUGAUCAUUAUUAUAACUUGCCAAAUUGUACAUCCAAGUAUAAU